AUGAUCAACCGUCCCAACCGCGUCAUUCAAAAUCAACGCCAUUAUCAAGCUCCUUCUCAAGUUCCCCUCUGGUUAAAAGGACCCCGUGACAGAUUCGUCUCCACAGUGGUCUUUGGUGUCAUUGGUGUUGGUGUUGUAGGUGCUCUUUGGGGCACUGUCAAGAUGGCUAAAGGAGAGAAAUAG